AAAACAAUAAGGGUAUAAGUGAAACUUUAAUUUUCUGAUUAGGGUUUCUCACCAGGUUUGCAUAUAAAAGCGAUCUCGCUCUAUUUUGUCUGCCUUCGUAAACUCGCACACAGCUAAAAAGAUCGCCGUACCAAAACCCUAGACGGAUAAUCAGCAGUAGAGAUGACGACCGUACCAGGGCAGCUGAUCUGGGAGAUCGUAAAGAAGAACAACUCGUUUCUCGUGAAGGAGUUUGGAAAUGGAUCUCAGAGUGUUCAGUUCAGUAAAGAACCGAAUAAUCUUUACAAUCUUAACUCCUACAAGCACUCUGGACUAGCAAACAAGAAGACCGUUACCAUUCAGCCGGCUGGAAAGGAACAAGCUGUUCUGCUUGCAACAACCAAGACCAAGAAGCAGGCCAAACCCGCAAGUUUGCUCCACAAGUCAAUUUUGAAAAAGGAGUUCAACCGCAUGGCUAAGGCAGUCGUAAAUCAGGUUGCAAACAACUACUACAGGCCAGAUUUGAAGAAGGCAGCUCUUGCAAGAUUGAGUGCUGUUAACAGGAGUCUCAAGGUUUCAAAGUCUGGUGUCAAGAAGAAGAACAGACAGGCCUCAAGGAUUUACGGCAGGAAAUGAAAACGAGAAUGUAUGUCAGUUAAACAUGUUCUUUUUUCAUAAAAUUUUCCUUGUUUUUAUGUCUAGACUACUUAAAACCGAGUUUAUCAUCUUUUCAUGAUGGUCUUUGUUUGAAAUUCUGGGAGUUAAAGAUAGUUGUUUUUUUGUUACAUCAUUUGCAGAAUUUUGGAAGAAUGUUUUUGGUUA